AUGGGUAAAGGAGAAAAUACAUCAAUUCAAACAACAAAGCCAUCUAAAAAGGUUGAUACUUUAGAAGAUACAUCAAAGAUUAAUCAACCAAAAGAAGAAAAUGAAGUCAUUGAAGAUGAUGAAUUUGAAGAAUUUGAAGAUAAUCUAUUGUCGUUAUUAAUGUUUCGUUUCGAUCGUUUAGAUGUAACUUGUGAUGAUGUAGAUACAAAGGAACAAUGGGAAGAUGAUUGGGAUACAGAACAUAUUGAUGAUGAAUUUUCAAAACAAUUAAGACAAGAAAUUGAAGCUCAUGCAGCUAAUCCACAACCAAUGAAAAUGUAA